AUGAAAUUUCAGCUCGCCGCUGCGCUGGCCCUCAAAUCUACAGUCGCCUCGCUCUCGCCCUUUAGGACCAACCUCCCCAACCAAGGUACCGGAAACGCCGUCAGCAAACGAUUGGAGCUGUCUCAGUUUCAUCCCAAACCCUUCAACCUCACCAGCAUGUGCGUCGAGUGCAACAAGGGGCCGCAGGGGAGUUCGGCGUUCGACUGCUUGAUCCGGUUCCACUGGCGAGACGACAACGCCAACGAAUCCGGGGCCUGCGCAGAAAGCUGGGUAUGGGACGGCGUCACCACGGCCAUCGGGGCCGGGAACAACCACAGCGCGGUCUACAUCAUCUGCGGGGACCAAGCCGACGGCGGUUUCUUCCAAUUCAAGUUCCUAGACUUUCUCAGCCUAUCAAACUUCAGUCUCUCGCUCACGCACAUGUUCCGAGACACCGAGGAUUUCUCAACGCCCACGAUGGCGAAUCUUUUUGCCCUAGCUAACGUAACCCUCCAACCGAAGGGACAGUCGAAUGGCUCUCUGUCCUACUUCGCAGACCAGCCGGUCCUGGCAACUUUCACCGGCAUGACAAUCUAA